AGGUAGAGAGACAUCGACUGAGAUGUUUCACAGUUUGUUGGGAUGCUGCUCUGUGCUCCGUGCUCCAUGUCGUGACCCGGUUGAAUUACUGUGUUUACCUGCUCGACGAUGAUUUUGCCUGUCUGUCUGCUUUUUGCAUACCUGCAACACACAAACACAUACAUACAUACAUAUGUACAUACACCGAUCCAUUGAAAUCCCAAUGAGCCGUUUAGUGCACCAAGAGAAAACCUGACGCAAUUAUGAAAUUUGCAUACACAUGGAAACAGGAGUAGGAAACCCAAGCGGAAACACAGUGCGGAAACAGCACAAUUAUUUCAUAUGCAAGCGAGAGCGAGCGAGAGAGAGAGAGAGAGAGGGAGCGAAAGAGAGAAAGAAACGAAAAGAAUGCUUCAAAGUGCAUUUCGAGUUGGUUUCCAGAUGUGACCAGCUGUUCCACAAAUAUCGACAACUGUCGAGGGUGACCAUUUUGGAGUUCGGAAAAAUACCGACGGUUAUGAUAUUGAUUGAAAGUGCUAUCGAUGUUGCUUCGCGGCUACAAAGUUCAACAAAGAUAUUGAAUAAACGAAAAAACUAAAAUGUCCAGUGAGCAAUUAUUCCCACGUGUUCUUAACUACAUAGGCAAACUCAGCAUACAAAGUGAGGAUGUGCGCAAAUUGUUUGGGAAACUGGAAAAUGCGCUGGAAGAAGAGGAGACGCUGUGCAAAUCAAAAGAUGCUCUAAAAAAGGAUAUCGGCAAUCUACGCAUCGAUUUGACGCUGAUUCGCCAAGCUGCCAUCAUAGCCGAGGAGCAGCGUGAGGAGAGCAACAACAGUCUCAAAAUGCUGGACAAUAGCUAUAUCAAUCUGCUGGAAAUUGUGGAUUUCCUUGGCAACGAUCGGAUGAACAAUAUUUUGCGCUUUGCUAUCCUCAGCAGGCAGAUCGAAGUGCAAGAGGAGCUCAAUCAAAUUGAACUGCAGCAGAAAAUCGAUCAUGAUUGCAAAGCCGCCAUGGAACGUCGUAAGAUUGUAAAGGAAUUACGCAAGUGGCAGCAACUGUUCCAGGAUGUAGAGGAGGAAAAUCUCAGCGUUAAGCUGGAAUUACAACAGCUCAACCAUCAUUGGAAAAUCAAAAUCGAUCGAGCAACACAACAACGCAACAAGAAGAUCAUCUCCCUGGUAGAGAUGAGCAAGCAGAUUACCGAAGAGCAAACUUUUAAAGUGCCAAAACCAUUUGCAGUUAAGAGUACUGUCAAAGUGAAACGUAAUGCUCCUAUUGUGCUGCAGUCAGCCAUGGAAUUCCUGAAAAACUUCCAAAUGAAGUCCAAGAUAGCGAAGCCAAACGAGCAGCAACCGUUGCGUCCCAUUUUGGUGUCGCGUCGUUCGUCCGAGGAUGACAGGAAUAUCCAGCCUAGUCCCACAAAACAGGUGCAUUUUGGUCCGAUGCCAGUGCCGUCGUCUUCCGAAAACUCUCGAGAGACGUUUGAAAGUAAACUUGAGGAAAUGAACGAUGACGACGAUAUGGUCGAAGCUUCAGAACGUUCAGAAUUCAAUCUAUCGCAUCUGCCAGAGCGCCCGAUUAUCGAAAAUGUUGAAGUGCUGCCGUCACUGAAAUUCUCUUUCGAUAACGAUAAUGCUGCUUCUGAAGUCUCGACUUGUUCGGACUCGAACAAUGUAAGCAAAUCAAUGGAUACUCUUAGCUUUAAGAAUAUGUUUUCAUCAUCUCAGAUUUGCGAUGACAAGCCAUCGUUGGAAGACCUCUCACAACAGUCAAUGAAUAAUUUUGAAUCUAAUAAUGUUCAUCAAUCGAACACCUUAGAUUUUUCAGCUAUAAAACUUGACUGUAACAAUGAUUUUUUCUUGAAUUUCGAUGACGAUGAUUGCAGUGCAGAUCCGCAAAAUGCCUAUGAUCUUUAAUCAUUUAAAAAUAAUACUUUUCAUAAUUUGCAAUAAUGAAAAACUUGAAAAAU